UUAUUUACAAAUAAUCUUUUUUAUUGACUAAUUCUAUUGUUAACAGUCACGGAACCUAUUUAGUUUCAGUUUAGCCAAAGUCGUAAACAGUGUUAUCUGCUGUUACAAAUAUUUAUGUAUUAUUUAUAGCAUCGUGUUAAAUUAACACGACAUAACCUCAAAACAAAGAUAGUCAAUACUGGAUAAAACUAUUUAUAAAAUAAAACAAAAUGACCUCGUUAUUCGAUCAGUUCGAGCAACCCUCGAGUAAACCGCGCAACAACAAUUUAACAACAGCGGAAAUGAGUACACUCGGUUACAUCAACAUGACUCUAGAGCAAGACGUCCCAAUUUUUAGCAAAACAAAAAAAGAUUUCACGCCCUCAGAUAAAAUAACGCAUGUUGCUAUUUCUAACAAACAGCUGGCGGUUGCUAUGGCUAAUAAUAUGUUGUUUCGAAUGAAUCCGCACAACCCCCAACAACACGAUGAAAUUUCUUUGACCAAAUACACUACAACAUGCCGAUUAACUAAUUUAUUCAUGGACCCCACUGGCAAUCACUUGCUGUUAACUAACAAGCCUUAAUAAAACUGGUUUUUGACUUUAUUAACUAAGACCUCCAUUAGUCAAACGCUCUACAACUAAAACUCCUAACUAUCAUAUUUACAUGUUUAAUGUUAAAUUUUUAAAUGUAUUCUUAUUGAGUUUUAAAUUUAAUAUAACACAAAUAUAAUCUCAAUCUGU